CACAGCUACUUCGACAAAGAGUUCGCUUUCGCUGACGCUACUAUUUUUGUACCCGCACAGCGCCGUAGGUCAGAGCUCAUCAGCGACCUUACAGACAAGGAUGUUUCUGAAAUGUCAUAAAAAAUGAUAUAUAUUUUUCCUUGUGCAAGAUAUUGCUAUUAUCGCUUCUGAGGUGGAUGUCUGUGGGAUCAUUAUGCCAUAUGGCUAGGCUACGCCAUCUCUCCCUAGCCCUCCAUAGGCAGUUCCUCAGAGCUCGGCAUCUGCACAACGCUAAUGGAGCACCUGAAACGGAGGGACUCGAUGAGGAGGACGGGAGGGAAGGGGUACAUCCCGGGGGCUACAGGUUACAGUACAACCCCUCCUCUUACUAUCGGCCCCAGCAUGACCCUGGAGCCUCCCUGAGCAGGUUGGAGAUGGAGGAGCAGUGUCAGUCCACCGUCACCUCUGCCUUCAGGCAGCAGAGUAACCGCUACAGUAUCAGCUCCUCACGCCGCCUAUCCAGCACCAAGAACACUCUGCUGGACCUGGCCUUCAACAGAGGCACUGGGGCUAAGGCAGAAAGGGUACCCCCCUACCGCACAGAACCCCUAACCCCAGAUGUCAAAGGCGACCCCCGUGCCUUCCAGACAUGCCGCCCAGAGUACUCAGCCAUGACCCUUGACCUGUCCCAGCGGCCUGCCCCAGUCCAUUCCAAGCAGGCCUUUUUCCUGCUGCACAAAGUAACCAUCCUGAAGGGCAGCAUGGAGCCUGUGGACGUAACCGGUUUCCUCACCAAGCUUAGCCACCUGCACCCGGACCAGACACCUUUAGUGAGGGGUGACACGCGUUUCAUCAUGCUGCUCCGCUACUCAGUGGAAAACCUGAGUCACUUCAGCCACUCCCAGCUACUGAAGGUGCUAAGGUCUUUUGUUUGGCUGGGCCUGCCCCCCACUCACAGCAUGCUGGGGCUGUAUGAAGCUGAGCUGGGCCGCAGGGCCGGGGAGAUGGGCCUCCACCAGCUGCUGUUGGCCGCAGAUCUGUGGCGCUGCCUGGGGAGGUCUGUGCCUCAGUACCUGCAGUGCCUGUAUGACUGCGCCAGCCUGCACUUAGGCCAGGUAGGUGUCCCUGAGAUAGUCCAGCUUCUGUAUGUGAUGGGGGAGGGCAGGCACUGCCCCAAAGAGCUAGUUCACCCCUUAGAGCAGAUACUGAUGCGUCACCUGGACCAGCUGGAGCCAGAGGAGGUAGGUGCAGUGUGCCUGGGCCUGUUCAAGUCCCAGACAGCGCUCUCGGAAGGAUCGGUGAACCGGCUGGUGGACAGGGCCCACUCGGUUGUGUAUGAGAUGAGUGACUUUGCCAUGGUGAAUGUGAUGAAGCUGUUGCGUUUUAGCUACCUGGACCAUCGGGCUUGGCUUGAGGUCAUGGCGCAUGAGGUGCCUCGCCGUGCCCCCAGCAUGGGCGUCCAGGGUCUGAUGCAUGUGGCACUGGCCUGCUCGUCCCUGCAUUACCGCAACGAACGCAUCCUCCUGGCUGUUGCUGAGCGCCUGCCGUCGUUAGCGCCACACUGUCGGAGCAAAGACUCGGGCAAGCUGAUAUGGGCCUUUGGGACCCUAGGUGUCUUGCCCAGCCAGUGCCCUAACUUCUACCCCAGCCUCAUUGAGGCCCUCCGGCAGAGAGAGGAUGAGUUCCAGCGCUAUCCUGAGCACCUCCUAACCGGCCUCCUCGGCCUGGCAUUUAUCUGUCAGCUCCCUGAGGACCUUGUGGCGUUAGCUUUGAGCCCCGAGUUUGUUAGGCUAGCCACCAGGUCCAAACAGCUGGAUCUGAAGAAAGACUUGUUCACUCUGGAUGGGACGGUGGCGUUGGAGCUGCCUCACUGGACUGGCCCGCGGCUGAGUAGAGAGCUGCGGGAGGAGACAACGGAGAUUCUGUGGCGCUUUGCCCAGAAGGAUGUGUGUCAGAAGGUUGAGGUCCUUGAGGCAGAGGCCGUGUUACGGGACCUUCUGGGUGGAGAGGAGUUUGUGAGCAAACGAAUGAUCCUGCCUCACACCCGCUCCAUCGACCUGGAGGUGCAUUUGAACCCUGUCGGACAGCCGCUACCUGUGACCUCAGUGCAGACAUACCCCAUUUCCUCCCAGGAUUGGACAACUUCUUCUGGCUCUUCUACUCAGGGCUGGGAGAAGAUCAACACAGGAGUCACUCUCACCGAGGACCUUUUGACUCAACUUACCAAUGGCAGAAAGACCCCCCUUCCUCCAACCCAAGCUUCUCAGCUGCCCCUCCUCCGAAGGACAGAGCCGGAUGAGGGAGGGGGGCUGUUCAGUGUGGGAGUCGACCUGACGGACGGGCUUGUGGGGACUCUGACCAAACGUAACAACCCAGGCCCACUCCCCAGUGAUUCCCACAAAGCCUCCAUAGCCCCCAUCAGACUGGCCAUCCAGGUGACGAACAGGAACCACUACUGCUACCGCUCUCCACAGCUGCUGGGGCUGCACGCCAUGAAACGGAGGCAGCUGAAGCUGACUGGAUACCGAGUGGUGGAGCUGCCUCACCGUGAGUGGUUCCCUCUGCUGAGGCGAACCCACGCUGAGAAACUGGCCUAUAUGCACUGUAAGGUUUACGGUACCCUUGACUGACGUGUUCACAUGUUGAAGGGCUAGGUGGAGAUGAACAUUUUAGCUAACACCUAUCCAGUGCUUUUAGAUCUCUGAACACUGAAGUGGUAGAGGCUAGGAACCAAAAUGAAACCAGGCCCAAGGCUUACCAGGACAGUUUUUUUUUUUUUUUUUAGUAAGCUUAUGGGCAAUCCUUGUUGAGAGGCUGUUGAAUAUAAUGUCAGAUUUUUACCUUGUCAGCUCGGGGAAUCGAUCCAGCAACCUUUCGGUUACUGGCCCAACACUCUAACCACGAGGCUGCCUGCCACCCCUAAACAGUGUGAGAGGUGUCAAAAAUAAAUGUUAUGACUGCAAGAUUUUGAACAGCAGCCAAACAUGACUUCUGCAUGUUCUUCAUGUGUGGGAUGGGACAUUUUUUGUUGCUAGUCCUAAGCUAAAUGGUAAAAGAGGAUCUAUUAAGCGAACGUAAUGAAUGAAUACUUUGAAUGUACAGUACAUAUCACUUCCCCACUGUUGACAUGUUUGCAGUAUUCCAUUAAAUGUUUGAUGGUCCAUUAAAAA